CCCCGGGUGAUGGCGGAAGCGGAGGCGAAGAUGAAGCAGUUCAAUGGCGGCGGCGGGGCCGGGCUGGACGCUGAGCGCGGCCGGUUCCCCUUCUGCGUGGUGUGGACCCCCAUCCCCGUGCUCACAUGGCUCUUCCCAAUCAUUGGCCACAUGGGUAUCUGCACAUCGGCUGGAGUCAUUCGGGACUUUGCGGGGCCGUACUACGUCUCAGAAGACAACAUGGCAUUUGGGAAGCCGGUAAAGUACUGGAAACUGGAUCCCAACAAAGUGUACUCCACCAGUCCCAAUGCUUGGGACACAGCUGUACAUGAUGCAUCAGAGGAGUACAAGCACCGAAUGCACAAUCUUUGCUGUGAUAACUGCCAUUCUCAUGUGGCUCUGGCCUUAAACUUGAUGAGAUAUGAUAACAGCACCUCCUGGAACAUGGUCAAACUCUGCUUCUUCUCACUGCUGUACGGGAAGUAUGUAAGCAUAGGGGGGUUUGUGAAGACCUGGCUUCCAUUUGCCCUCUUCUUGGGGGUAAUCCUGACGGUUGUUCUGACUCUUCAUUUGCGGUGAUGGCAACUGUGAACUCCCCAUUCCACGGGCACGCGAAGGAGGAAACUGGCCGCUUGAUCCAGCGAGAUGGAGGCAUGGGACUGUGGGAGGCAUUUACUAGGGAAAGCAGCAGCUCCACUCCAUAGUAACAGCUCUCAUCUUUAUUUCCUGAGACUGGUUUCUUUUCCUUCUGUUUUCAUUCUGUUAAUGGUGUCUCCCAGUGUUGGGGUCCUGAGGCCUCUUGAUCUCUCCCUGAAUAUGCUCCCCCUCUGCAUUUUGUUAGCUAGAAGUGCAACUGGGAAAGGAGAGGGGUGGGCACCUUUUCUUUCACUGUGAGGUAAGGCCACAAGGCUAACCCUGCCUCCUGGUUCUAGAGCACAAGCAGAUACGCCUUGUAAGGUUCUCUCUGAUCACCUGGUUUCUUCCUCUUGGCAGACUUUAUCAGAUGCUUCCUCAGAUUUCCUGAGUCUCCAAGGGGGGGAUGUUGUUUCUGUACUGCAUGACUCCACUGUAGCACGUGUUUCAAAGAGGAGGUGUAGGGCUUCUCCAGGGCGUGUAGGGUGCCACAGCACUCAUUGACAGUCUCCCCUGUGCUGAAAGAGUGUGUUGAUGGCAGGGCAUCUCUCUGAGGAGACGCACUUCAUGGCAGGGCAAAUUCAUCUGGUCCUGCUAGUGAGCCCAGGAAAGCAGAUUGACUGACUUGGGUAUGCCUUGUGGCAGUCUGCACACUUCCAAUAGCAUGUUGCAGAAAUGGGCCAAGUUGCUUUUAGCUUGUGCCAGAGAAAGUAGAGCUUUCCUGCUUCUUCUGUGCUCUGAAUGCCUAAAAUUGUCAUUACACAUCUCACAAGCCACUAGCUCUCCUUUGAACCCUAGUACUUCAUGUGUCAUAGCUUAUCUGCCAAGGUGGCAGCAACAGCAGGUAUGUGCCAAGAGAAGGUUUAGUGUAGGAUUUUGAAAAUGUCCAUGCCUUGGAGAGCAGUACCUGAGUCCUGAGCUUACUGAGCGCAUCAGAGAUUAGAAGAAGAGGUGAAGGGAUUGGAAGACUGCCAUAUUCCAGUGGUUGAGCUUUGCAGUGGCAAAUGAGGGCACUAGCUUUUUUGUAGCCGGUUCCAGGACAGUGAGCAGGAAUUCUGCUAACUUCUUUGGCAUACCUGGCUAAAAGCACUUCGGAGUGUUGGCUUUGAACAUGAGAAAUGCCGAUCUGGCAGCCUUCGAUGGUCUUUUUGAACUGUAAGAGCAGACAGGGGGUACUAGAAGAGCAGGUUGCUCCUGACUGGUAAGCAGGAGAUGGGUUUGGAUGUGACCCAGAGCAAAGUCCAGGGCAGGAGGCACAAGCCUGUCUUUCGAGGCUCUGGCUUGCAGAUGCUGCUCUCUGUGGGGUGGUGAGGCAGGUGGCUUUUUCAGAAAAUGUGGCCAAUGGGUUAUGUGCAAUUUAGCACAUUCCCUCAGUGCAAAACAAGUUAGUUUUUCCACUCAAGCCUUAUGAAGCCAGCUCUUUAGUACCUGAUAAAUUUCAGCUUCGAGGAGUCCUUGUAGCCAGCAUGAAAGCUAUUCUUGACUGCACGUUAUCCUUGUGGCUUCCUCUGACUUUGGAAGCACAUUCACAGUCACCCUGCUGGCUGUCAAAACUGUCCCUAUGUACUUCCCCAUUCACUUUCCUCUCCUUGGCUCUGCUAGCUGUAUGGGAGGUCUGAGGUGUCAUCUUAGGCUUCACCAUUUCAGCAUUUUCUUCUGUGUCAGUCACUUUUAAACAGCCCCUUAAGCCUCCCCCUUCUCUCUGCAUUCUAAUCGUCUCUUUCUCCUCUGGUGCUGGUGUUCCUGAGAUGGAAGGGAGGAUGUGUGCAGACCUCUGUGCCCUUCGCCUUGUUCCUGGAACUGAAAUAGUCAUCAGUGUCUCCUGUGUGCAGUCAUUUCAAGCCUGAGUGGAGAGCAGGCUGGAGGCUGCUGAUAGCUGGGCCUGGGGCUGAUUAGAAAGCCAAGAUCUUGCAUCAAAGAGAACCUUACAAUGAAAGGCUGAUGUCUUAUUGAGUUACUCUGCACUGCUGUGGUUCCUACCCAGCAAGCCUACUGGUUAAUGUGCCCUAGGACUAGCCAGCUGAACAGGAGAGAUGAGUUAUUUGCCCUAAUUUUAAAUUUUUUAAAUAUAGUUACUCAGUGUGACCUGCCAAGGAAGUGCUGGUAGUCCCUGGCCCCAGGGCUGAAGCCAACCUGUCUUAAACAGUAGCAAUAACCUAGAGACUCUUAGUCUUAUCUCACAAGUUGAUUCCAGGUGUUUUAUCGAUAAGCUACACAAGUGUUGCCAAAGCUGAGACUUUGAGUUGUUGGGGGAGGCUGGGAACAGGGCUGCUGGCCACAAUCCCCUGCUCUUGGGAUUUCUAAAAACAUGUUGAGUGCCAUUCCCCACCACAGAAAAUCCUUGUCUUUUGCUGCUAAUGAUUUUUACCGUAUUUGGAUUUUGAACUGAGAAUCUUAUGGUGCAGCUGCAAAUGGGCCUUCCUGUUGGUUGGGACUUCCUGCUGCGAGGGAAGAAGAGCAAUCUUUGCUAAGUCCUGGCUGAACAGCUGACCUGCUUCCACUUGGGCCUUGACUGGCAGACGGGGAGAAGGGCUCCAGGUAUCCAGAGGAAACGUGGCUAACUCCAAAGGCAAGCCCAGCGCUGAGGUACCACAGAGCCAGCUUGGACGUCAUUGCUGAACGUGCAACGUUGUUUGCACUUGCAGAAGGAAAGAGGGUGGGCGAUGGCUGUUGCUGGUGGGCUGUACCUGCUGUGCUGGUCGGACCCUGUGCUGCAGUAGUGCCCGUGCAUUGCUGUGGGAGUGCAUGAGCUGAGCUCAGCACAGCUUCUCCAGUAGUGCUGCAUCCAGUGGCUGUGGUUGUGGGGGGACCGGCUGUUUCCUCUCAGUGUGGGAGGCAGAAGAAGGUGGGUGGAUAAGGAAUGUCCUCUCCUUGUAACUUCUCUCAUCUCAUUACUAGCUUCUUCUCAGUGCCCCUUUUGAAUAGCCACAUUAAAGUUUUACUGUGUCCUUUACCCUCCAGCUGCCAGUUUUAUGCCCCCUUCUUUUCCCCUUUGCACGUGGCUGUGCGGCGGAGCUCCAGGGUUUUGCUGCCGCUCUUUGGCGGCGGCUGGCCCUCCAUACCCUCAUCCUUUGUUCUCUUGAUCUCCGUGGGGCGUUGGAUUACUUUGUAAAUAUUUAAACUCUGCUUCUGUGGUUUCAUAAUCCUGACGGUAGGGGAAAUAAACUUAUUUCUGUGGAUGUCUCCAA